AUGAGCCAGUCCACUUUGAAUGUCACUUUGAUAUUCACAGUAUAUGGAUCUUUUCAUCCAGUCAAUUAUUUAUUUGUCACUUUGAUUUUUUUGCUCUACCUCCUUUCUAUUUUUUCAAACAUUUCCCUGAUGCUGAUUAUCUAUGCAGAAUCGAGCCUCCACAAGCCCAUGUACAUAUUCCUCUUCAACUUGGCAAUAAACGGACUGAUUGGAAGUUCUGCUGUCUGGCCAAAAAUCAUGGACAAUCUUCUCUCAGACACACAGGAAAGCUCUUAUGAGGGGUGUCUAAUUCAGGUAUUUGUUAUCAGUGUCUAUGGAGGUACCGCAUACACAAUUUUAACCGUGAUGGCAUAUGACAGGUAUCUCUCCAUUUGCAAGCCUUUGCAAUACCACAGCAUCAUGACUCCCACUAAAGUGAAGCAACUCUUAGCUGUGGUGUACAUAUUUCCUAUUGCUUCAAUAUCUGGACAAGUAUCCUUGACAUCAAAGCUCCCAUUGUGCAGGUACAGCAUUCAAAGGCUGUUCUGUGACAACCUGUCAAUUGUGAAUCUGUCCUGUGUAAAAAAUGAUCUUAUUAAUGUAUAUGGUUUAUGUAUGUUUGCACUUAUAGCUGUUUUUCCUUUUGUUAUAGUAGUGCUCUCUUAUGUCAAGAUACUUCUUGUGAGCUUGAAAACAUCAAAGGAAGCACAAAAGAAAGCCCUGAGUACAUGUACUCCUCACUUAAUCACUUUCAUUAAUUUCUCCCUGGCCACUCUCUUCUCUGUCAUUUACAAUCGAGUACACUUACACCUCCCUACAGGAAUUAAUAUAUUUCUCUCCUUACAUUACAUCCUGAUUCCUCCUCUGUUACAUCCAAUAGUAUAUGGGAUCAAAACACAGGAGAUAAGGAAAUGUCUAACAAAAAUAUUGAGAAAAAACAUGAUUUUUGCAGGCUCAUUUGGGUUCUUUCAUUUGCAUUCCAAGACUCCACUUACAACAUGUAAUAUGUAUUAA